AUGCCACAAAACGACAAAUUCGAGAACGUCAAAACCAAAAUUAUAGAGCAUUUCGCAGAUAGCGACCAAAGACGUCUAAUAAUAGAAAAUAAUAGACUACAAUCAGAGUUGCCGCUUGGUGAUAGGAAACCUUCGGAGCUCUACUUCCAAAUGAAACGAGUUGCAGGUACUACCUUGGGAGAAGCUGAUCUCAAGGGACUUUGGAUAAAGCGUCUACCAGAAUUCGCGCAACCAGUUAUCGCCGCAUCCUCGGGCACAGCAUCAGAGUUCACAAAGAUAGCCGACUCAAUCAUCGAUGCUGUUAGUCCUCAUCAAGUGUCGCAGGUGAGAAAUCAGGCAGCAGAGAUAAGUCAACUCCGUUCAACUAUAGAAGACUUGUCCAAGCGAUUCGAAAGAUUCAACUUACGCUCUCGCUCGCAUUCUCGCUCACGGUCUCGACCAAUAGCUACCACCUAUCAUAAUACGCAAAGCGCAAAUCGACCACCUGAUGCUAGAGAUGGAAGCGCAUCAUCCCCAAACAUAGAGUGCUGGUAUCAUCAGAAGUACGGCGCCAAUGCCCGCAAGUCCCGCAGCCCUUGUCGACGACGACAUCGAGCAAUUCAAGCGAUAACAGACAAGCAAAAUUGA